AGUGCAUUGUGGCAGUUUCCGUAAUUUUACCAGAAUAGAGGGCUACACUAAACCUUCACUUCCAACUUGUAAAAUUGAACUCUCUUCCACCGUUGCCGUUGCCAUUUAUAUAACAACCAAACCAUUGUUCUCUCUUUAUAUGUUUCUCUCUCCUGAAUCGUGAACCACCGCCGCCGAAUCCUCGUCUCCUCUGAAAAGAUCGCGAAUGGCGUCAACAGCGACUGGAGCCACGGGAUGGUACAGAGGAAGGGUGAAAGCUGUUACUUCAGGGGAUUGCUUGGUCAUCAUGGCCAUGUCCACCUCCAAGCCUGGUCCCUUACCUGAGAAAACCAUCACUUUAUCAUCUCUGAUUGCUCCUAGACUGGCACGCAGAGGUGGUGUAGAUGAGCCGUUUGCGUGGGAAAGUAGAGAGUUUCUAAGGAAGCUCUGUAUAGGGAAGGAGGUGACCUUCAGGGUUGAUUACAGCGUGCCAUCGAUAAACCGUGACUUUGGCACUGUUUUUAUUGGGGAUAAGAAUGUUGCAAUGCUGGUUGUUUCUGCAGGAUGGGCAAAGAUAAGAGAGCAGGGGCAACAGAAGGGAGAAGCAAGUCCUUACCUUUCAGAAUUGUUACGCUUGGAAGAACAAGCUAAACAAGAAGGCCUUGGUCGUUGGAGCAAGGUUCCUGGUGCUGCGGAGGCAUCCAUCAGAAAUCUACCACCAUCGGCCAUUGGUGACCCUAGCAACUUAGAUGCUAUGGGUUUAUUAGCUGCAAACAAGGGCAGACCUAUGGAAGGAAUUGUUGAGCAGGUUCGCGAUGGCAGUACCCUGCGAGUGUAUCUGCUCCCCGAGUUUCAGUUUGUCCAAGUUUUUGUUGCUGGAAUUCAGGCCCCACUAAUGGGAAGAAGAGCUGCAUCGGAAAUUGUUGUUGAAUCAGAGGUGACAGCUGAUGAAACUAAUGGAGAUGUUCCUGGGGAACCUCGUGCCCCACUUACAUCUGCCCAAAGACUUGCAGCAUCAGCAUCAGCGUCUACUGAAACUGCGGCUGAUCCUUUUGCACCUGAAGCUAAAUUCUUCACUGAGAUGAGAGUAUUGAGUCGAGAUGUUCGAAUUGUCUUGGAAGGUGUUGAUAAGUUCAGCAAUUUGAUUGGGUCAGUGUAUUAUCCUGAUGGUGACUCAGCAAAAGACCUGGCAUUGGAGCUUGUGGAAAAUGGUUUUGCCAAAUAUGUUGAAUGGAGUGCAAAUAUGAUGGAAGAGGAGGCAAAGCGGAAGCUGAAGACCUCAGAGCUUCAGGCAAAGAAAAACAGGUUAAAGAUUUGGACAAACUAUGUACCACCAGCUACAAACUCAAAGGCAAUACAUGACCAGAAUUUUACAGGAAAGGUGGUUGAGGUUGUUAGUGGAGAUUGCAUCAUUGUUGCUGAUGAUUCAAUUCCAUAUGGCAGUCCAUCGGCAGAACGGCGAGUCAACCUUUCAAGUAUUAGGUGUCCAAAAAUGGGCAAUCCUCGUAGAGAUGAAAAGCCAGCUCCUUAUGCUCGUGAAGCAAAGGAGUUCUUGAGAACACGCCUCAUUGGUCGUCAAGUGAAUGUUCAAAUGGAAUAUUCUAGAAAGGUUGGUCCAGCAGAUGGAUCUGCAGUUUCAUCAACAGCUCCUGAAGCUAGAGCAAUGGACUUUGGAUCGGUAUUCCUACUCUCCACUGUUAAGGCUGAAGGUGAUGAUGCCCCUUCAUCUGUUCCACCUGCUGGAAGUCAGCAAACAGGGAUGAAUGUUGCUGAACUGGUGGUUGGCCGUGGCUUUGGAACUGUCAUUAGACAUCGUGACUUUGAAGAGAGAUCAAACUACUAUGAUGCUCUUCUUGCUGCUGAAUCACGAGCUAUUUCUGGAAGAAAAGGGAUUCACUCUGCCAAGGAUCCUCCCGUCAUGCAUAUAACCGACUUGACCACAGCAUCAGCAAAGAAAGCCAAAGAUUUCUUGCCUUUCCUGCACCGAAGUAGAAAAAUCCCUGCUGUUGUGGAAUAUGUCCUCAGUGGCCAUCGUUUUAAAUUGUUAAUUCCAAAAGAAACUUGCAGUAUUGCUUUCUCUUUUUCUGGUGUCAGAUGUCCUGGUCGAGAUGAGCCAUAUUCUGAUGAAGCAAUUGCACUAAUGAGGCGAAAGAUAAUGCAGAGAGAUGUUGAGAUUGAGGUAGAAACUGUUGAUAGAACUGGAACUUUCUUGGGUUCCUUAUGGGAGUCAAGGACAAAUAUGGCAAUUACACUACUUGAAGCUGGUCUUGCAAAACUUCAAACCUCCUUUGGCAGUGACAGAAUUCCUGAUUUUCAACUUCUGGAGCAAGCUGAACAAUCUGCCAAGAGGCAGAAGCUGAAAAUCUGGGAAAAUUUUGUUGAAGGGGAGGAAGUAUCUAAUGGUGCACCCGUAGAAAACAAACAAGAAGUGCUCAAGGUAAUGGUAACAGAAGUCCUGGGAGGGGGUAAAUUCUAUGUCCAGCCUGUUGGGGAUCAAAGGAUAGCAUCCAUUCAGCAACAGCUUUCUUUUUUGAACCUUCAAGAAGCUCCUCUGCUUGGAGCUUUCAAUCCUAAGAAGGGUGACACAGUCCUUUGUCUUUUCGGUGCAGAUAAAUCUUGGUAUCGAGCAAUGAUAGUCAAUGGACCACGAGGACAAGUUGAAUCUCCUAAGGACAUGUUUGAAGUAUUCUACCUUGAUUAUGGAAAUCAAGAAGAAGUACCUUACAGUCAACUACGGCCACUUGAUCCAUCUGUAUCUACUGCUCCUGGUCUUGCCCAAUUGUGCAGCCUUGCAUAUGUGAAGGUUCCAAACUUGGACGAGGACUUUGGCCAAGAAGCAGCUGAGUAUUUGAGCGAACAAACUCUAAACAGUGGACAGGAGUUCAGGGCCAAGGUGGAGGAGAGGGAUACAUCCGGAGGAAAAAUGAAAGGGCAGGGUACUGGGACAGUUCUGGCCGUAACUCUAGUUGCUGUGGAUUCUGAGAUCAGUGUUAAUGCUGCCAUGCUAAAGGAAGGACUUGCAAGGUUAGAAAAAAGAAAUAGGCGGGACAGAAAAGAAAAACAAGAGGCCCUUGAAAAUUUGGAGAUGUUCCAGGGAGAAGCUCGGACCAGUAGGCGUGGAAUGUGGCAGUAUGGAGAUAUCCAGUCAGAUGAUGAGGACACUGCUCCUCCUGCUAGAAAGGCCGGUGGCCGGAGGUGAGUGUAUUUCUAUGAGGGGAGGUAAAUUAUAAUAUAGACAUCAUCAAAGAAAAUCAGUGAAGUUAUAGGCAAGAACAUUUUACUUCAAUGUAGGGAGGGAAAGAAUGCCGUAUUUAAUCCUUAGUCAGUUUUUGUUUUCUUUUUCUUGUUUUAAAUUUUGUUGUGAGGUUGAGGAGACAAUUUUUUAUACGGAUGUUAUAAUAAAAGAUGCAUAUGGCAGGUGUAUUUUUACACAUAUAUAUACACAUAAAAAAUCGGGACAGCAGAGAUGUUUUAUAAUUUAGCGUAGUUGAACUUGAGAUUUUUUUGGGGGUCUUCUUAGAAUAGUUAAAAGUUCAAUUCAUUGUCAGAAUAUUAUUUUUUACAUAAUCAUUUUAAUCUUGUCUUGUUACGUCAUGAAGAGUUUGUUGGUACUUAUUAGUCAAACUAUUUUUUAUUAAUGUAGCAAUCAUGGUUGGAUAAUAAAUAAAAAUAGUUUUACUCUACCAAUGAAAUUAAAACCUAAUCCUUUUAAUAAAUUGCCUUUCCCUUUUCUUUCUCUUUCGGCGGUUGGUUUUCUAGUUGAAUUUCGAUAGUGAUUAUUUUCAUGGUAAAGAUAUUUGGCCGCAGAAAUACUAAAAUAGAUAUAAUAGGCACUUGGGGUAUCAGUGGAAUCAUCAAGUAUGUAUCCAUUUUGGAGUCCUAGAAAAUGAUGGAGGUGUUUUCAUGGGAUAAUUGCUUUGGGUGACAUUUUCAUAACCGGUAACCUAUCUAUGCCCUUGUUAUCUCCUUGCACUUCUUUUCAAAUCAAAUGGUUUUUUAACAACCAAUUACGUUUUUCGACAUGUGCAAUCCGAAAUUUGAUUUUGUACUCGAGGAGAGGUGGCAAAAUGGUUGUUGGAUCGACCAAGGUGGUCUGAUUAUACCCCUUAAAUUUUAGGUUUGAAUUACUUUUAAGUAUUUCUCCCACGCAUUUGGCCUUUUCUUUUGUUAGAUUUGGACUAAUCUGGUCAACUGAGUUAAUAUGUUGUAUGGAUAAAAAAUGACUUUUUAUUUAUCCCGAUUUGAUAAAACUUGGAGGCUGAAACGAGCUAAGUAGUCCGAUUGACUUUUACUCGGCAGCAUUUUCUUUAGAAUAAUUUUAUGACAUUUAAAAUGAAAAGGGUCUUCAUUCAUAUCCUUUCUCCUUUGUACAAGACAGUAAAGGUGUGAACAAUCCCAACGUCACUGGCGUUCUAGGCUCAUGAGAAAGAAAACCUAUAUCUUCAGGAUUGACCUUUUUUUUUUCUCCCAUCAAAUAUUCAUAGAUGAAAAGUUUAAUGGCACUUAAAAUCAAAGAAUGUUUUAACUAGAGGAUUGACAUCGUAUCUCUUCUGUUUUUGGCUUCAAGUUGUGUUCUAAUUUUGCAGAGCUUUCUUUAAUUGAGACUUGAGAGACAAGGUCAAAUGCAGGAAAGAAAGACAUAUCGUUGAAUCAUAAACCUAGAAUAACUGGACAUUCGUGGACCCAAAAAAAAUUGACAUUCAAAUUUAAGAUAAAUUCACUGGUAGCAGGAACACACUUUCUAAUUCACUUUUUCGUAGUUAUAAAAAUUUAAGAUAGUUGAGAUGUCUUGCUAGUAUUUAUGUAUUAACCUACAUUUAUACUAUUUUUAAUAAAAAUAAUAAUUCUUUUUUACUAAAACCUUCAACUUAUUUUUUAUUAGAAAGUGUGGUUCACAAACUACUGCACUUAAUAUUAUUAUGC